AUGGACUCGGAAGGUGGAAACCGAAAAGACAUUACGGUUAAUGUUAAUCUAAUCGACAUAUUAGAUUAUGUUGGCGACUCAGUGCGACCAAUUCGCGAGGAUUGUGCCGUGUUCGAGGCUAAGCAUGUGAUAUUUAUAGGCUACACAGAAAAUUCAGCGGACUGUGUUUACAUUACGGGAUUUGUAAGACAGUCAUCUCAUCCACAGCAUAUACCGCACACAAUUGACCUGAAAAUCACUGCCAAUGUCUCCGGGUGGGCGUUGAAAUGUUCUUGUAAGGCAGGGACGGCUCGCUGUAAGCACAUUAUUGCUUGCUUGUUGGAACUUAACCGUUCUGUUAACUGUGAGUUCCUUUCCUGCACUACUGCAGUCCAAGCAUGGGGAAUCACAAAAAAAGAGAAAUUCAACAAGUGGGGAGCAAAACGAAUCAAUCAACUCUGUUGCAUAAAACAAUAUGUUCGCCUACUUCCCCCGGACAUACAAUUGCAAAACAAUAUUUUGGCCGAGUCGUUCAACAGGAUUUUGAAUGUUGCCAAGAAUUCUGCCAUUGCAAAACAUAUAAACGGGAGACAGUUGAACGAGCCACUUAUGUAUCCUGAUCGAUUACUGCAGUGUACGGGGUCCACAGUAAAUGUUGAAUUUUGUCGAUCAAACGAAUUGCAGAGCAUGCUGACGUAUGCACGCACCAACGUUUUAACAACACAAUACAAAUUUGCAACAGUGCAGGAGGAGAAAUUUUAUAGAGAGCAUAUAAAUGUGGACUUAGCGAGAAUUAUUGAAAUUGCGAUUGAAACUCAGAGUCAAACUUCCAACUUUUGGAAAAUUCAAAGGUCGAUUCGGAUCACCGCUAGUUCGUGUUACAAACUAUUCACUUACCUUACUAACGCUAAUCCAAAUUGGGAAAAGAAAAUAACCCAAUAUUGGAGCAUUAAAGCCUUGAAGAGUAAAGCGAUACAGUAUGGUAGCAAAACCGAAUCUGCUGCUUUCCAAUGUUAUAAACAAAAACGCAACCCGAUGAUAAUGAAAUGUGGGUUGGUUAUCAAACCUGAAGAAAACUGGUUCGGUGCCUCUCCAGAUGGCGUCGAUUGCUUGAACAACGUCGUUUUAGAAAUUAAAUGCCCCUUGACAGGUGAGAACGGCAGUAUUCUGGAAUUGGAACAAUGUGGGACGGUGAAAAAAUAUGUGAAACGGUGCCCGGUUACUGGUGAGCUGCAACUGAACAAAAAUCACGCAUACUACUGCCAAGUUCAAAUGAACAUGUGGGUCCUUCAAUGCGACAAAUGUGACUUUAUCCUGUAUUCUGCAAAGGAUGACGACUUUUUACUCAUCGAAGUGGAUUUUGAUCGUUCUUUCACCGAGAAUAUCGUUAAUGGAUUGAAAGGGUUAUACUUCACUCGCAUGCUUGCAACACUUUUACCAGAUUGUAGUACGUAA